GUGGUUUGUUUGCGUUGUUUUGUCUUUCUUCCUUAUUGACGUUAUGUCGCUUCGCAGCAGCUUCGGCCGGCUCCUUAAGCAGCGAGCGGGAUCCACGUUGAGGGUCCAGAAGAGACCGGCGCACUCGGUGGCCCUGAUUGGAGCCCCUUUCUCCCGGGGCCAGAAAAAAAGCGGAGUGGACCAUGGCCCUGCCGCCAUCAGGGACGCGGGGCUGGUGGGCAAGCUCUCCCGCAUGGGUUGCCAGGUAUAUGAUCUGGGAGACUUAAAUUUCACACAAGCCCCCAAUGAUGAAGUCUACAACAACCUAGUGAAAUAUCCACACUCUGUAGGAUCAGCUAGCCAAGUUCUAGCUGACACUGUGAAUGGAGCCGUGGCUGCUGGUCAUAGCUGUGUAACUAUCGGAGGUGAUCACAGUUUAGCACUUGGUUUCAUCAGUGGCCACACAAGGCAGUACCCACACCUCUGUGUAAUCUGGGUAGAUGCACAUGCGGACAUCAAUACUCCACUCACCACAAAUUCAGGGAAUCUCCAUGGACAGCCAGUAUCAUUUCUUUUAAGGGAGCUUCAAGAUAAGGUGCCACAGCUUCCUGGCUUCUCUUGGCUAAAACCCUGUCUUUCGCGAUCAGAUAUUGUAUAUAUUGGCUUAAGAGAUGUUGAUCCUGCUGAACACUAUAUUCUGAAGAACUAUGGCAUCCAGUAUUUUUCAAUGAGAGACAUUGAUCGCUUAGGGAUCCAGAAAGUGAUGGAGAGAACCUUUGACCACCUUUUGAGCAGAGGACAAAGACCUAUCCAUCUCAGCUUCAACAUUGAUGCCUUUGAUCCAACACUGGCUCCAUCAACCGGGACUCCUGUCUUGGGUGGCUUAACAUAUCAUGAAGGAAUGUACAUUUCAGAGGAAAUUAAAGCACCCAGGGCUGUAGCCAAGGGAGUGGGGGGUUAG